AACAAAUAAUGGAAGUUUGAAAAAAAGUUAAAAAAAAAUAAAGGUAACAAAAAAGGGGAGGGAUUAGAAUAUGCUUGUGUAUGGUGGAUAUCGCAGCGAAGCCAGACCUUCCAUGCUCAAGGAUGAGAGAGACAGCCCGAGGUGUAGAGAGAGGGAGGGAGAUAUGGUGUAAGGGGUUUAACAGAGGGUUUAGUUCUACCAACUGGUAGUUAGAGAUUAAGCUCCUUAACCAAACUCUCCUACACCAGCAAGAACAAGCUCUCGAGUCGCGAAGAAGAAGCAGCAGCGAUACUGAGUCAAGCAUCGCACCAAACUCCUGGAACUCGGGCUCAAACAAAACCCAAAAGAAGAGGAAGGAAAGAAAGAAAGAAAGAAAAGAGAAAAUUCUGUUUUACAAAAGGAGAUAGAGAUGGAAAGAUAAAGUUAUCAUUCUUUUGAGUUUCUCACAGAAGCUUUUAAAGAGAGAGAUGUUUGCGUAUGAUUCUCACGUGGAGAUUUAAGGGAAUCAUAGGAGGAGAGCACACGAUUAGAAAAAAAGAGAAGAAGGCGAAAGUUCAUAGCUCUUCGAGAUAUAUAUCCCUUUUCUUUUUCCUGAAAGAACAGUAGCUGGGGCUUCUUUAUUUUAAUAUUAUUAUCCUUGGAGCAUAUGUAUGCAUUGAAUUUUCAACGAGAAGCGAGGCCUUGUGUUGUUCUAUUUGGGGGAGUAUCGGGAUCGGAAAGUGUUUUAGUUUGGGGAGGAUUGUGUUCCUGCAGAUCGGUUGGUGUCUCUAAGCUUUGCUGUUCCCCAAGACACCCACAACUACUACAGAUUUCCAGUUCCGAGGUGACUUCGUGAUCUAAAUCGCAUAACCAGGUCGGGACGUUUUGAGAGUUGAGAAAAAUGGAAGCUUUUUACGCCAGUUCAAAUAAUCAAAGAGAUACUGCGCCAAUGCUCUAUGUAAGGGAACAUUUGCCUAAUUCGUCGGUUCUUCCCGGUAAUAUGAUGAUGUAUAUGAAUUCUGGGUCAUACUCGGAUGCUUUGGCCGGGAAUUCUCAGCAGCAAAACAACUGCAUGGUGAUCCCAUCAUUGGGUGCUUCAAAUUCCGCCCAACAGCAGCAAGAAAUUUUGUCAAAUUUUGGUUCACGCAUUGUGGAGCAUGAUUUCAAUGCAUGGAGGGAUGGUAGAAAUGAGAUGUUAGUUACGCACCCAAUGGGUGGGCGCUCCGCCAGCAUUCUUCACGGUGGGCAAAACUUACAGGGCCAGGGAUUAUCUCUCAGCCUCAGCACACAAAUCCCAUCGGGAAUUCAAAUGCCUUCUAUCCCAUAUCGGAAUCCUAAUCCAGGAUUUGCUUCAAUCUUGAGUCCUAGUUCGUCAGUUUCUGCUGAUAGUGGCGAUAGGAAUGGCUCUUCUAGAGAUGAACAGUUGAGAAAUGCUGAAUACUUGCCUCAUAAUUUUCCUGGAGGAAAUCAAGAUUUAUAUAAAGGGAAUUUAUCUACAUUAGGGAUGUCAAACAUUGUGAGAAACAUUCCCAGUUCCAAAUAUCUUAAGGCAGCACAACAACUGCUUGACGAAGUGGUUAACGUCCGGAAAGCUCUAAAGCAGCCUGAUAUUGCAAAAAAUGAUGGCGCGCAUGAGCAUCAGAUAAAGAGUCGCAAGGAGGGUGGUGGGGGAACAAAGAAUGAAACUACAAUGCCACCCAGUGGAGUGUCUUCAUACCCUCACGAGUCAGCCAGUAACUCUCUAUGUGAGCUUUCUAAUGCUGAAAAACAAGAUCUACAAGACAAGUUGACAAAGCUAUUGUCCAUGUCGGAUGAGGUUGAUAGAAGGUACAAGCAGUAUUAUCAUCAGAUGCAGAUUGUGGUGUCUUCAUUUGAUGUGAUUGCGGGAUGUGGGGCAGCCAAACCAUAUACUGCACUUGCCCUACAGACUAUCUCACGUCACUUUCGGUGCUUGCGUGAUGCAAUCACUGGUCAGAUUCGAGCAACUCGAAAAAGCCUUGGGGAUCAAGAUACUUCAGGAAGCAGUCAAGGAGUUGGAAUAAGUCGCCUCCGAUAUGUGGACCAGCAGCUCAGGCAACAAAGGGCUAUUCAGCAGCUUGGUAUGAUGCAGCAACAUGCAUGGAGGCCGCAAAGGGGGCUACCUGAGAGCUCAGUUUCAAUUCUUCGUGCUUGGCUGUUUGAGCAUUUCCUUCAUCCCUAUCCAAAGGAUUCUGAUAAGAUCAUGCUAGCGAGGCAGACUGGCUUGACUAGAAGUCAGGUCUCAAACUGGUUUAUAAAUGCACGGGUGCGUCUCUGGAAGCCCAUGGUCGAAGAGAUGUACAAAGAAGAGAUUGGAGAUGCUGAAAUGGACUCUAAUUCCUCGUCUGAAAAUGCAGCCAAGGCAACAAAAGGUGAUAAUGGGACCUCUGAGGAUAGAGGGGAAGAUUUCCAACAGAGUGCAAGUUCAACAGCCACCGAGAGAUGCAGCAUGGGUCAACUCAUGGACUCCAAACCAGAUCAUGUUCCUGAUGUAGAAAUGGCAGGAUCUGUUGGAGUAGCCAAUUAUCAAAGUGGGACUCAUGGAGAAACUGAAAAGGAAUAUGGGCUAAUGAAGGGAAGGGAGGAACAAAGGCGUACUAUGGAUGACUGUAAUCUCUUUCCUGAUGCUAUAGUUCAUUCUGAUGCAGCCAGUGAAAGGUACAUGGCGGCUGCUGCUGCAUAUCACAUGUCAGAGUUGGGGAGAUUCGGGGGUGCAAGUGGAGUGUCUCUCACACUGGGUUUGCAGCACUGUGAGGGUGAUAGCCUACCCAUGUCUGGUGUGACCCAUCGCAGUUUCAUUUCCAUGAGAGGGGACCAAAUUUACAAUGCUGCACCAUCAUCAUCUGUAGGGGCUGAGACGGCAGAUUUUGAGUGCAUGAAUCCUGGUAACCAGCAACACAGGUUCAGUUCUUCCCAUCUAUUACAUGAUUUCGUCGUGUGAGAAUUCGGAUCGCGGAUCCACAUGAUUGAUUUUUGAACUAUUAUUGUUAGCAAGAGGGACAGUAAUCUGCCUGGCUAUGGACUCUUCUUCCAGGAACAUUGAUCUAGCUAGCAGAUGGUAAUAGAAAGAUUGCAGUCCAAAUAUGGUGACACAUAAAACACAGUUGUAAUAUAUCAAGGAAUUGACUGGAAGAUUAGCAUAUUGUAAAGAUACAUAUUUUUUGCUUGACAUGUUCAAGGAAAUUGUACAAUUUGUGCCUACUUCAGUUUGAAGAAGAAAGAUGCUAUAAUCUGAAAUAAAAGAUUAGUAGAUGUUGGGUGA